UUGGCACAUGCAUCUGAACUGAUUCGCACAUGAUGAAUGCCAAAUAAAGAGUGGAAUAUGCCAUCGAUAGUAGGCACUUGAAACAACAGUAGUUAUACCUCCAUACUAUUUUAUCAUUGCUUUGUGCGAAAUUUUCUUUAUCAUCCAAUUGAAAGCAAUAAGAAAUUGACAUAUAGAAGCAGUACAAAUGGCCUCAUCGAUAACGAUAACACCUAAAACUUUUCUUUUUCCCAGAAUAUUUCGAUAAUGACAAGAUAUUCACUUGAGCGAAAGAUAAAAGAAGCCAUUGAAAAUGUUAAUCGACUCAUUCAAAACCAAAAAAUCCACAGAAGAGGCUGCACAAGCACACAAGCUCCGUUUCGCGAACAUUUUUGCUCUAAGACAAAGCCGCAAUGGAAUUUAAUUCUAACGAAUGCUGUUCACAAUGUGUGAUACCACAUUUCAAUGGAUGUGGACCUACGUGUUUAUGGAAAUUUUUGUUAGAAUUACUGAUGGAUCAGAACUGCCACCGAUGCAUAACGUGGACCGGCAACGGAUGGGAAUUCAAACUAAUCGAUCCUGAAGAGGUGGCUCGCAGAUGGGGUGCAGUUAAGAACAAACCCAGAAUGAAUUAUGAGAAAUUGAGUCGAGCUAUUCGCUAUUACUACAACAAAGGAAUUAUUCAGAAAACUUUUGGAAGGAAAUAUGUCUAUCGAUUUACGGAUGGAAUACAAAGCUCGAUUGGCUUUCGAAAUUGCUCAAAGUUUUCGGAAUGUGUCAUAAGUGCUUAUAGAGCUGAAUGUCACUAGAAGAGCUUCAGGCGCGUUACGAUUUAAGAAUGUCCCACAACUAGUUUUUUUUGGAUCUUGCUUGCUGCUCACGAUGCAAAGAGGACUGGGUGAUAUAUAUUAGGCAGCUGAAGCUGCCAAAAAAAUUAGUCUAGUAAUAGUAUUACCUUCUACAAACGUAGUGACGUUGUUCAGAUUGUGGUUUAGUUAAAUGUUUUUACAAUUUUCAUAGUUCAUUAAACGUUCCAAUAUAAACUA